GGCGGGGAGCGGCGGGGCGGACGGGCCCUGAUGAGGCGGAAAGAGAAGCGGCUCCUGCAGGCGGUGGCGCUGGCGCUGGCGGCCCUGGUCCUCCUGCCUAACGUGGGGCUCUGGGCUCUGUACCGCGAGCGGCAGCCGGACGGCAGCCCCGGGGCGGCGGGGGCGGCGGUAGCCCCGGCGGCCGGACAGGACUCACAUGGUCGGCAAAAAAAGACAUUUUUCUCGGGAGACGAACAGAAACUGAAGGACUGGCACGACAAGGAGGCCAUCCAGAGGGACGCUCAGCGCACAGGAAAUGGAGAACAAGGGCGGCCUUAUCCCAUGACCGAUGCCGACAGAGUGGACCAGGCAUACCGAGAGAAUGGAUUUAACAUCUACGUCAGUGAUAAAAUCUCCCUGAAUCGCUCUCUCCCUGACAUCCGGCACCCACACUGCAACAGCAAGCGGUACCUGGAGACCCUACCCAACACCAGCAUCAUCAUCCCCUUCCACAACGAGGGCUGGUCUUCACUCCUCCGCACUGUCCACAGCGUGCUCAACCGUUCUCCCCCGGAGCUGGUUGCUGAGGUCAUACUGGUGGAUGACUUCAGCGAUCGAGAGCACCUGAAGAAGCCACUGGAAGACUACAUGGCUCUUUUCCCCAGCGUCAGAAUUCUCCGCACCAAGAAGCGGGAAGGCCUGAUAAGGACCCGAAUGCUGGGGGCCUCUGCCGCCACCGGAGAUGUCAUCACGUUCUUAGACUCUCACUGUGAAGCCAAUGUCAACUGGCUCCCCCCUUUGCUUGACCGCAUCGCUCGGAACCGGAAGACUAUCGUGUGCCCCAUGAUCGAUGUCAUUGACCAUGACGACUUCCGGUAUGAGACCCAGGCAGGGGACGCAAUGAGGGGCGCCUUCGACUGGGAGAUGUACUACAAGCGCAUCCCUAUCCCUCCAGAGCUGCAGAAGGCUGACCCCAGCGAUGCAUUUGAGUCUCCCGUGAUGGCUGGAGGGCUGUUUGCUGUGGACCGGAAGUGGUUCUGGGAGCUGGGCGGGUACGACCCAGGCUUGGAGAUCUGGGGAGGGGAGCAGUAUGAGAUCUCCUUCAAGGUGUGGAUGUGUGGGGGCCGCAUGGAGGACAUUCCCUGCUCCAGGGUGGGCCACAUCUACAGGAAGUAUGUGCCCUACAAAGUCCCUGCUGGAAUUAGCCUGGCCCGGAACCUGAAGCGGGUGGCUGAGGUGUGGAUGGAUGAAUUCGCCGAAUACAUCUACCAGCGCCGGCCAGAGUACCGCCACCUGUCUGCCGGCGAUGUCGUGGCCCAGAAAAAGCUCCGCAGCACCCUUAACUGCAAGAGCUUCAAGUGGUUUAUGACCAGCAUCGCCUGGGACCUGCCCAAGUUCUAUCCACCUGUGGAGCCCCCAGCUGCAGCAUGGGGAGAAAUUCGCAACGUGGGCACGGGAUUGUGCACAGACACAAAGCACGGGACCCUGGGCUCCCCACUGAGGCUGGAGAGCUGUGUCCGUGGGGAAGCUGCUUGGAACAACAUACAGGUCUUUACCUUCACCUGGAGGGAGGACAUCCGGCCCGGAGACCCUCAGCACACCAAGAAAUUCUGCUUUGACGCGGUCUCCCGCACCAGCCCAGUCACCCUCUACGAUUGCCACAGCAUGAAGGGCAACCAGCUGUGGAAGUACAGGAAGGACAAGACCCUGUACCACCCUGUGACUGAUAGCUGCAUGGACUGUAGCCAGAGUGACCACAGGAUCUUCAUGAACACCUGCAACCCAUCCUCCCUCACCCAGCAGUGGCUCUUUGAACACACCAACUCCACAGUCUUGGAAAAAUUCAACAGAAACUGAACCCUCACAGCCCCUCGGCAAGCCCCACGGGUCCCCUCCAGCGCCCAUGAAGCCUUCCUCUCAAGGGAGAAGGGGCCUGUGUGGGCACCAAGGUGCUGGGCUUAAUGGCUGGGGGCAGGGGAGUCUUGAAGCACCUGUGUCAUGUGUAGAGAAUAGAGCCUACAAAGGGCCCCACAAGAAGGCAGGGUCUGCUGACAUCACAGCAGAGCUCCAGAACCUGUCAGCAUGUCACCUGAGUGUCACAUUGGGCACACCUGGGCAGCCUCUUGCCCAGAGCCCUGUGAAGUUACUCAGCCCUAGGGCAGCUCCCAGGCACUACUCUAGAAAGAGAUGUGACAUUGGCCUAUGUGCCAGCCCCUGCAAAGCCCUCCUGUGGCCUGUCCUUACUGCGGGGUAGGCAUAGGGGAUGGACGGACUGCCAGGACUGCCCAGCUUCCAUCUUGGUCCAGGGCUCACAGUGAGAGCCCACACCUGGGACCUCAGAGUGCUCUAUACUGAGCACUUCCAGCAAGGGGCCCCUGACCUUCCUCGGCAGCCUGGAUGCAAAGGAUGUCUCCCUGGCUCUGGGCAUUUCAAAUGCCCCGUCCAGUUUCAGGGCUUUCUGAGUAUAAGGACAACCCAGCCACCAGCUUUUUGGGGCUAGUUCAGCUAGCCUUGGAAAAAGGCCAAGUAGACUGAGCAGGCUGAUCAGAGCUCCCCAGCCCAUGCUUCCCUGGCCCUCUCUGUCUCUCCUUGGCAGCUCCUCGGCAGCUCCCUGCCCAUGUGAGGCUGGAGGCCUCCUGGGUCCACUGGGGGCAGCACAGCCAGUCUCUGACUGCCUCAUAGUUCUGAUCUCACUGAACUCUGGACUUGUGUGGCUCUGUCUCCAGUCAGGAAGUGCCACUGGACUCUGGCGUGCUGGCAUAUGAGGCUGAGAUUCAAGCAGCAGCCACACAUAUCAGUCAGGCAGCCCUGAGCCCAGGACGUUUGUGACCUCUAGGGCUUGAAGGAACAGGGACCAGAGGCUUUGGAGCAACCCAGUCGCUGACUGUCACAGCUGCAGCCUCAUUGAGAAGCUACUUUCCC